AUGGCCGGUUUCUCCUCCUCCGGCCCCUCCGAUCCCUUCGACUCCUCCCGCUCCGGCAGCAGCAACCCCUUCACCGGCCCCUCCAUCGCCGUCAUCCGCGGCAUCCCCAUCGCCGAGCGCGUGCCAGUGACGCUCUCCACCACCGCUGCCAACUUCUUCCCGUGGAAGAUGUACAUCGGGCUGCUCUUCCGCGAGUAUGAUCUCCUCGAUCACGUCGACGGCACCAUCGACCUCCUCGCCAUGCCGCACGACCCCGAGUGGCUCGCAAUCGAUGCCACCAUCAUCCGCUGGUUUUACCAGACCGUCUCCAACGACAUCUUCCGCACCGUCGUCCGGGACGGCGACUCCGCGCGCACGGUUUGGGCUAAGAUCACCGGCCUCUUCACCGACAACAAAAUCCAGCGGGUCACCUUCCUCCAGCAGGAGUUCUUCGGCACCCACCAGAACGACCACUCUCUCGACGAGUACGUCCUCAAGCUGAAGAGCCUCUCCGACGAGCUCCGUGACUUGGAGUUUCCGAUCGAUGACAAGAUCAUGCUAUCUACCAUGUCGGCGGGUCUCGGCGAGGAUCUCAGCAACGCUGCCUCCAACCUCACGCUCCUCACCACGCCCUCCUUUGAGCAGGCCGUGGCCUACCUGCGCCUCGAGGAGCGCCGCCUCAAGCAUCUCCGGGCUCGGGCGACCCAUACCGCCUUCGUCCCCGGCCUCUCCCGCGGUGCCCAGACACCUGCGCCUCGCGCCCCCGCGCCUCGCCCCACGGGUCCGUCACCGGGCUUCCACUCAUCCGGCACCCAAGCCGGUCCAACCGGCUCCUGGACCGGGCAGGCCGCUACCCCUGGCGGUGGUCGCCGCGGGUGUCGUCGCCGUGGCGGUGGUGGCAACGGCGGUGGCAAUGGUGGCGCCAACGCCACCGACCCCGCGCCUCGUCCACCUCAGCACACCGCCCCUCCGCCAUGGACCACUGGUCACAAUCCGUGGACCGGGUCGUUCAUGCCUACUCCAUGCCCGUGCCGCGUGCUCCCUACCCGGGCAUCAUGGGGCCGCGUCCGGCCACCCACCAGGCUUUCUACGCGGCGCCCCAGCCCGCCCCGGCCUACGCCUCCCCGGCCUACCCCCUCCCCCCCGAGCUCGGCCUCGUGGGACCCCGCGCUCCUGACCGCCCUCCAGAGAGUCCCCACCGCUGAGGCGUAUGGUGGCGGUGGCGACUGGUUCAUGGACACCGGCGCCUCCGCGCAUAUGGCUGCGCACCCCGGUAACCUCUCUUUUUCUACACCCGCCUCCACUUCCUCUCGCAUCAUCAUUGGCAACGGUCAUGCUCUCCCCAUUACUCACACCGGUUCCGUCUCUUUUCCUUCCAAUUCCACUCCUCUCUCUUUAACUAACGUUUUUGUUUCUCCUGACUUGAUUAAAAAUCUUGUUUCCGUUAAAUCUUUCUGUCGUGAUAAUCCUGUGACUGUGGAAUUUGAUGCCUUUGGUUUUUCUGUCAAGGAUGGUCGUACUCGGAUGCUCCUCCACCGAUAUGACAGCCCCAGCGAUUUGUACCCUGUUGGUUCGGCCUCCACCACCGCCAGCAGCCCACUCGCCCUCUCCGCCGGCGUCGAUCUCUAG